GAGGAGGAAGAGGAGGAGCAGCCGCUCCACGCGGUUCCCCCGCAGGAGAGCGGGACGGGAGCGCUCGCCCCGAGCCCAGCGCGGGGGAGCCGAGCAUGGAGAGCGGGGAGGACAAAUCCCCGCGGCAGAACCUUCUGGAAGAGCCCCUCGGGAGCGGCUCCGCAGCCCAGGGAUGCGAGGAGGAGGAGGAGGAGGAAAAAGCUCGGAGAUCCCGGGCGAGAAGCGGCUGCGAUUCCCGGGGAUCGCGGGGGGAAGGAGGGAGCCCGGGCCGGGGAGGGAGCUCGGAGAAGCCCCACAAGUGCUCGGAAUGCGGGAAGAGCUUCACCAAGAGAUCCCUGCUGAGCUCCCACCGCAGAAUCCACACCGGGGAGAGACCCCACGAGUGCGGGGAGUGCGGGAAGAGCUUCAGGACGAGCUCAGGGCUGCGCGAGCACCGCAGGAUCCACACGGGGGAGAGACCCCACGAGUGUGAGAAAUGUUCCAAGAGGUUCCAAACCCGCUCCUCGCUCCUCGUGCACCACAGGAUCCACACGGACGAGAGACCCUUCCCCUGCCCUGAGUGCGGGAAGAGCUUCAAGCGGAAUUUCCACCUGACCGUGCACCGGCGCAUCCACAGCGGGGAGAGACCCUUCGGGUGCCAUCAGUGCCCCAAGAGCUUCCACAGCAGCUCCUCGCUCCUCGUGCACCUCCGCACCCACACGGACGAGAGGCCCUUCCGCUGCUCCCAGUGCCCCGGGGCCUUCAACCAAAAAUCCUCCCUGGUCACUCAGCUGAGGAUCCACAGCGGGGAGAAACCCUUCGCCUGUCCCCAGUGCGGGAAGAGAUUCAGGACGAGCUCUGAGGUGACCACGCACCGGAAAAUGCACAGCAGGGAGAGGCUCCAGGAGGGUCCUGAGUGUGGGAAGAUCUUCAGGAACAGCUCUGACCUCGUCUCCCACCAGCAAAUCCACAGUGGGGAGAAGCUCCACGAUGAGGAGAAGCCCCAGGAGGGUCCUGAGUGUGGGAAGAGCUUCAGGAACAGCUCCGACCUCAUUUCCCACCAGCAAAUCCACAGUGAGGAGAAGCUCCAUGAUGAGGAGAAGCCCCAGAAUUGUCCUGAGUGUGGGAGGAGCUUCAGGAACAGCUCCGACCUCAUCUCCCACCAGAGGAUCCACAGCGGGGAGAAGCCCCAGGAGUGUCCGGAAUGCGGGAAGAGCUUCAGGCGAAUCUCCAACUUCAUCUCCCACCAGAGGAUCCACAGCGAGGAGAAGCCCCAGGAUUGUCCCGAGUGUGGGAGGAGCUUCAGGAACAGCUCUGACCUCAUUUCCCACCAGAGGAUCCACAGCGGGGACGGGGAGAAGCCCCAGGAUUGUCCUGAGUGUGGGAAGAGCUUCAGGAACAGCUCCAACCUCAUUUCCCACCAGCGGAUCCACAGUGAGAAGAAGCCGUACGAGUGUGACAAGUGCGGGAAGAGCUUUCGGCUCCUGUCCCUCCUCUUCAAGCAUUUCGGGAGCCACAGGGAGGAGAGGCCGUUCCUCUGCCCCCAGUGCGGGAAGGGAUUCAAGCGCGAGUGCACCCUCAGCGUCCACCGGCGCUUCCACGGCGAGGAGAGACCCCACGGGUGCGAGAAAUGCGGGAGGAGCUUCCACACCCGCAGCACCCUCCGGCAGCACCUGCAGGUGCACACGGGGGAGAGGCCCCACCGCUGCCCCCGGUGCGGGAAGGGAUUCGCUCGGAAAUGUUCCCUGGUGAAGCACCGGAGGAUCCACAGCGGGGACAAACCCCACGAGUGUCCCCAGUGCAGGAAGGGAUUCAGGAGCGGCUCCCACCUGGUGAAGCACCGGAGGAUCCACAGCGGGGACAAACCCUACGAGUGUCCCCAGUGCGGGAAGGGAUUCGCCCAGAGCUCCAACAUGAGCCGGCACCGGCGGAGCCACCACGGAGGGGAGAGCUGCGUCCCCCCACGGUGAUCUGCGGUGAUCUGCGGUGAUCCGUGGUGAUUCCCGGUGAUCUGCGGUGAUCCAUGGUGAUUCCCGGUGAUCUGUGGUGAUCUGCGGUGAUCCACGGUGAUCUGCGGUGAUCCAUGGUGAUCCCUGGUGAUCUGUGGUGAUCCCUGGUGAUCUGUGG